UGAGUGACAGCGGGGCGGGCCAAUGGAGCUCGGCAGUCCCCUCCCUCUGCUCAACGAGGCUGGGAGAGUCGGCCGAGUGGCUCUCUCUUUCUGUGUCUCAUUCGCAAGAUGGCGGAGGCUGCAAACUGCAUCAUGGAGAAUUUUGUAACCACGCUGGCUAAUGGGAUGAGCUUGCAGACUCCGCUAGAAGAUGUCUCAUGCACCCAACCAGAAAGCAGCGCCAAGCCGACGGCAGAGGAGAUGACCUCCAAGGAUUACUAUUUUGAUUCUUAUGCUCACUUUGGCAUCCAUGAGGAGAUGCUGAAAGAUGAGGUGCGCACCCUGACCUACAGAAAUUCCAUGUUUCACAACCGGCACCUCUUCAAAGACAAAGUGGUCCUUGACGUUGGCAGUGGAACUGGAAUUCUUUGCAUGUUUGCAGCCAAGGCUGGUGCCAAACGGGUCAUUGGGAUUGAGUGCUCCAGUAUCUCAGACUAUGCCGUCAAAAUCGUCAAAGCCAACAAACUCGACCAUGUGGUGUCCAUCAUCAAGGGAAAAGUGGAGGAGGUAGAGCUGCCCGUGGAGAAGGUUGACAUAAUUAUCAGCGAGUGGAUGGGCUAUUGUCUCUUCUAUGAGUCCAUGCUUAACACCGUCAUCUACGCCCGGGACAAGUGGCUAACUCCUGAUGGGCUCAUAUUUCCAGACCGUGCCACUCUGUACAUCACAGCGAUUGAAGACCGGCAGUACAAAGACUACAAGAUCCACUGGUGGGAGAAUGUAUACGGCUUUGACAUGUCAUGCAUCAAAGACGUGGCAAUCAAAGAGCCUUUGGUGGACGUCGUUGAUCCGAAGCAGUUGGUCACCAAUGCCUGCCUCAUCAAGGAGGUAGACAUCUACACAGUGAAGGUGGAGGAUCUCACCUUCACAUCGCCCUUCUGUCUCCAGGUGAAACGCAAUGACUACAUCCACGCCUUGGUAGCCUACUUCAACAUAGAGUUCACCCGUUGCCACAAGCGCACCGGAUUCUCCACCAGCCCUGAGUCUCCCUACACCCACUGGAAGCAGACAGUUUUCUACAUGGAGGAUUACCUAACAGUGAAGACAGGAGAGGAGAUCUUUGGCACCAUUGGCAUGAAACCCAAUGCCAAGAACAACCGAGAUCUCGACUUCACCAUCGACCUGGACUUCAAGGGCCAGCUGUGCGAGCUAUCGUGUUCGACGGAUUACCGCAUGCGCUAGCCCAUCUGCCCCUCUGCCAGUUUUUUUUUUCUCCACCUCUCCUCCUCGAACCUACCUUGCACCCAGAGCUAACCCUUCCUGUCCUAUUCAGUUGACGUAUCACUAAUUCACUUCAUUGUGUAGUUUCCCUGCUGUUGCUGCAACUCUGGGCCAGCAAGGAGAGGGGUCAGUAUUAGAGGCUAGGGGGAGAUAGCCAAGACCCCCCCCAACCACAACCCAUUGCCCCUCCUUUUGAAAACCCCCCUGCCCCCUCAGGAACUGAGUCUGUUAGCACAACUGAAGACGCGCACGUGGUUUGUCCGUCCGUUUUUUGUUUCGAGGCCCAAAUGCCAGCAGCAGACUUCCAUCAUGACUUUUUAUCUCUGUCUGUUAAAUCAUUGUUGGUCUCCCCUGCCAAACUGUGAUACCCAGAAUCUCCCUCCCUCCCACUCCAUCUCCAGAGCAACCCUGUUCCACACCAUCAUCUCCUCCUCCAGUGCAAAGGCUGCUCAGUUAUCUUGGUGUGGAGAAUAUACAUGCCUAUCCGGUGCCCAACUAGGGAGAUGGGAAUCCCAACAGGCUUUUAACAAGAGGGUGUGUGGCGGAGGUGUGUGUGGAAAAGGCAUCUCCAUUUUGUGGGUGGUGUGUUUUUCACCGACGGUUUUGUACUUCCCCCUCUUAAAUUCCUUAUGGGUUUGUGGGUUUUUUGUUUUUAAGUCCCUUGCCCCUGGAAAGCUGACAUUGUGUGACUGUUUCAUAACUUAUGGUUUUUAUAUGGUUACAUUCAUGAGGAAAAAAAUAAAGAGGUUGAAACUAA